AUGCAGAAGGGGUCGCGUACGGUUUCCAUGGGUAUCAUCACCGCGGAGCCGCUGCAUGCCGCCUCAAAAAAGUUGAAGUUUGCCACGCGAGUCUCUACACUGGGAAAGACGGCGCCCCACAAGUCGGCGAAGAAGAGUGAGAUGGUGGGGCUCAAGACGGGCGGCAGUCAGAGCGGCAUGGUGUUCAACAAGGGCUUUGGGCAGCACAUCCUGAAGAAUCCCCUCGUCAUUGCCGCCAUCGUAGAGAAGGCGGCGAUUAAGCCCACGGACGUGGUGUUAGAAAUUGGCCCUGGCACAGGGAAUCUGACCGAAAAGCUGCUGCAGGCCUCGAAGCGGGUGAUUGCCUUCGAGGUGGACCCCCGCAUGGUGGCGGAGCUCAACAAGCGCUUUCAAAACACCCCGUUGGCGUCGAAGUUGCAGGUGAUUCGGGGCAACUGCCUCGAACACGAGUUUCCCUACUUUGACAAGUGCGUGGCGAAUGUGCCAUACGCCAUUUCCUCCGCCCUCGUCUUUAAGCUUCUGAGGAAGCCGACGUUUAAAUGCGCCGUACUGAUGUUUCAGCGGGAGUUUGCCCUGCGCGUGUGUGCCCAGCCGGGCUCCGAGGCGUACUGUCGUCUUUCGGUUAACGCUCAGCUUCUGGCGCGCUGCAGCCACCUGAUGAAGAUCAGCAAAAAUAGUUUUAACCCCCCGCCUAAGGUGGAGUCCAGCGUGAUUCGUCUUGACCCGAAGCACCCUGCACCGGAUGUGGACUUUGAGGAGUGGGACGGACUCGUCAAGUUUAUUUUUAAUAGGAAGAACAAGAAGGUGUCGUCCAUCUUCCGCACCAAGAACGCCGUUCAGACCUUAUAUGAGAAGUACUGCAGCUACCAGAAGAUGGAGGGGGUAACCGAUGGAAAGAGUCUUGCCGAAUUUAAGGAGCAUUUAGAGACCGUGAUGCAGGACCCCGUGUUUAACAGUCGAGCACGAGUGCUGGACCAGGAAAGCAUCACAAAACUCCUUUGCCACUUUACGACGCAUGACAUCCACUUUGUUUAG